CCUUGAUACUACGUACGGAGUAUACGAACUAUUGGACUAUUGAUCACAGGCUACGCCCUGUCUCAGGUACCCGCUUCAGCCUCACCCAAACGCCAUCAACCUGCCAUGUUUCCCUUCCUCAUACUCCACCAUCUCUAAGCCUCCCCCUCACAAGUCUUCAACCCAACCACCAUCACGCUUGAACGAUAACGCCUCCAGCUUAUCAUUAUGGCGCCUAUUUCUCCCUCGUAGACUCGUCGACUGGAUUCGCGCCCAUGGGACCUAGUCUGGCCCACGUAAGCGAAUACGAAGACCUCAUUUUGCGCCGACGGGGCGAAGCAACCCGGCACCAAGCCACCACCACUAGUAGUGGCUGCAAGGGGCAGGGGCAUCGGGGACCAAGAAACACAGUAAGACUGCGACACAAUCACUCGAGCAAGAGGGGGGGGCCGUCUGAGGUUUGCGCAUCCGGUCGAUUAUCAUUAAUCUCCAGGCACAAAGCUGUUUCCGACUACGGGCAGGCAUCAAGCCUAAGCCCAGUAGACCAGAAAUCAAUGCGCGCCAAACAUUCUAUCUCGCGCUAUCCCUUGCGUUUACCCUUCCUUGCAAACGUACAUGUUGCUCUUCUCGUUCCUUUGGCAAAAUCAAAUCAAAAUCAAAAACAUUUCCAAACACAUGAGUCUGUCCCAUACUAUCCUUUCGCUAUUGCGGCCCUCAAAAGGCGCCGUUGCGGUUCCAAACAUUUCGUGAGCAAAUACUCAUCAAUCAAAAACAAAAACAAACAUAAAUCAAAGCGCCGAUCCAAAUGCUUCCAAAAAUAACUCCCAUCAACGCCAAGCUUUUAUGGCGUUUAAAACACAAACAACAGUCGCUAUGCAGUUGGGACACGGUGCUUCCGUAGCCGGUGUCGGUAUCCAUAAGGAGUGAAUCUAUGCCGAUGAAUUCGUCGUAAUAUCGUAAAAGGAGUGUCUAUCGGGUAUCAUGGUACAAAAGGAGUGUGUAUCAUCUUCGGAGGUUAUCGUAAGGAGCGUAAGGUAUUAUUAUACAAGACGUUGACGUCUA